ACAGGAUUAUUACAGAACAUUUAAUUUAUAAAUACUGAAUUAUUCUGCUCACUGAAAGUAAGAAUAUGUGACAUAUUUUGCGCCAAAAUGGGCGGGAUUAAGUGAUGAGGCAAUCCAGGCACUUUGCGUGAUUGGCUGGAUGUGUCUUACCUGUUCCCUCCCACAAGUUUGCUUUACUUUCAUCGAUGACGUCGAAUGGUAAGCCUUUCUUCCCUACACUUAUGUAUGAAGUAUAAAAAAUAUGUAAGUUUAACACUUUCAUAGUGAACAAUUACAGAUUAAACAUUUACAUCAUGACAUUUACCUCAUUAUUCAUGAUCUUUCCUGCAUCUUAACAGUAAGACUACGUAACUACUCCUCCUCUCCUCGGCUUACCGUUCGAUGACGUCGAAUGUAAGACUACGUAACUACUCCUCCUCUCCUCGGCUUACCGCUCGAUGACGUUGAAUGACAGUUGCCUUCCACAUGACUCAUUCUUCUUUGAAAGAUCUUCUCACUGUGACCCAAAAAUUCUUUAAAUGGAAAACCCACUGAACAGCAAUCCCUCCCCGUCACAAACAAAAGCCAUGAAGAAAUGUGCCCUUUGCCAUGUCGGCUACCGAAACAUCAACCAACAUCUAAAGGAUGUCCACCACAUCUUCGAUGCAGAGCACAGAAAGGCCCUGAUCGGAACUGGUCACCUGCGAUAUGCUGGUCCUCUGGACUGCCCCAUGUGCUCCAGAAAGAUGAUUGUACGAUUGGACCAACAUUUGAAAUCCAUGCAUCACUUGGAAGGGGAAGAACUAAAAGCAAAGAUCUUACUGGCGAAGAAAAAGAGAAUUACAUCCAAUGUCCGCAUCCACCAGACAAAAUUCAUGUUAGAGCAACAGAAAAAAAGGGCUGCCAAGAGAGACACAUCACAUGACAGCAGUAUGGCGAGGCAGAUCAUACGUCUAUCUGAGAGAGUUACUCACCUUGAGAACACUGUUCAAACCAUUGUCACUGAGAUGUCACAGAGUUACUCCACCUCCAGAGUACCAAAAAAAGUGGUAAUUCUCUCAAGCUCAGAGGAUGAAGUUGACUCUGAGAAAAAAAGGAAAAAGAUGACACAGAAGAGAAGAAAUCCCUUUGUUAGAAGAUCUGAGAGCAGUGUUAAAGCAACACCAUCCACAUCCAGAGCCCCUGCAAAAGCUAUCUCUGUGAAUGAUGCAGGAUCACAGGCAUCAGACUCCUCAUCAGAUGGACAAGAUUCAAUCUUGAGCAAAGUCCUCACAAAGUUUAAAUCCUAUUUCAUGGGAUCUAAUCCAAAUGCUAAAAAGUUAGACAACACUGUCCAGACCAUAAAACAUAUCAAUCAUUUCAUAAAUCUAAUCAAUACAAAACACAUGUCACUGGGAGAUGUUGACGAAGAAACAAUAAUGGAUUGGUGCCAAAGCCUUGCACAGGCUGGUUACAAACUGCCAACCCAGAAAAAGUACAUAACAAGCGUUCGCAUGUUUUUUCAGUACAUAAAAGAACGGGACAUCAGGGAGCUUAGAGUGAGCCAGUCUCAUCUGUAUGUCUUCAUUGACCGACUUACCUGUGUGCUUAAAGGUGUUAGGAAGGGACUGGUGGUCCAUCAACAAAUGGUCUUGGCUGACAAACGUGGACGAGUGAUGCAAGCAGAUGAAAUCCUUAACUUCAAAUCCAUCUGUACCAGAGGAAAGAUUGUAGACCUUCUGGAAAUGCUGGAGGAUGAUCCAGAGUCUUUCACACUAAGGAAAAGUUUGGUGGGCCAUAUGGUUGGCUACCUCUGCUGCCUCACAGGCCAUCGUCCAUGUGUGUUUGAGAACCUGGAGCGGGAGGAGGUGUGCAGUGCAGAGCAAGAUGGGAACAACUAUGUUAUACAUGUGAAACAUCACAAAACCAUGGCUACUCAUGGAAGGGCUCAAAUCACCCUGACUCCUCAGGAGUAUGGCUGGUUCCGUCAGUAUGCUGCAAUCCGCCCAAAGCUGGAGGGAUACAGUCCUAACAACCCCAACUUCUUCUUCUCUCGCCUGGGGAACCCUCUGAAGAAGUUAAAUGACUAUUUCCAGACAGCCUGGAAAGACUGUGGCCUGCCAGGCCAACCAACUUGUGGAGAUGUGAGGACAUCUAUGGCAACACAUGUACAGAGGAACCUGUCUGAAAAGGAAAGGAAACGUGUCCUGAAGGCGAUGUGCCACUCGCAAGAGGUUUCAGAUAAAUUCUAUGUGAUGGAGGAUUCUGUCAGGGAAGCACUGGCAACAAGAAAAACCAUGGAGAAGGCAAUCAAUGCUCAAUACUGCAGGAACAAAAUACCACAGGAGCAGGAACAAGUAGACACAGGUGAAGAGGAGAAUAAUGAAGGAAACUCUGGAAAUGAAGAAAGUGCUGCAAGUGAAGAUAACAAUGAAAAGGAUGAUCAAAGAGACACUGAGGGAGAACCUGACAGAGAGCAGUCAAGACACCUGGACACAGAAUUAAGAAAUGUGGAGAGGAAUGGAGAAGAAACAGACUCUAGCAUUGAAGACAAUAGUGAUGAGGAAACAUAUCAUGACAAGUUGGCAAAGCUGUUUUCACCACUUCCAAGACGAAUCGUGCCCUGCUCUGGAGGGACCAAGACUCGGCGUAAGUUGUGUUAUGAGGAAGACUUUAAGGACCAAGUCAAACAAGUGUUUGGAGAACUCUUGAGCUCCCGCUCCCGUAUCCCACUGGCCAAGAUCAAUGGUUUGCUCAAAGCCAAUCAAGACCUGCUUGGUAGAUGCAAACAGAAAAAUAUGACCAUUAGCAAUUUUGUGACCCUCAUCAAGACCCUGCAGCGUGAAAUGACAAAAACAAAGAGAUGAAGCUACCUCUGAACUACCUCUGAAGACAGCAGUGUCUGUGUUGACUUGUCUUGUGUUGUUAGGAAAAUUUUUGUGAUACUUCGUGAUACAGUGUGAUACAAUAGUGUGAUUUAUUGUUAUUCUCUAUCAUGUAUUUUCAGGAUACAUUGUUAAAUUAAUACUGGAGACCAGAAUAUUUAGUGGUCCCGCAAACGUUUUGAAAAAAAAAAAAGAAAAAAUCAAAACAUAAAAGCUGUGUUAUGCUAUGUUUUGUAAUUUCAUAUUGUUAAAUUUUCUUAAAAUUUGUUCAAAGAAUAAAAAUAAGCAUUUAAA